AUGGCGGACAAAGAAGAAGAAGAAGAAAAAGAAGAAGCAAAACAACAGCAACAGUUGCCGGUUGUUUUACAAGUCCUGCCUGUCCGUGCAAUAGCCAAGGGAGAAGAUCGAUUCACGAAGAAGUUCAGAUUUCUCAAGGCAUGGGAAUCGUCGAUACCCACGGAACUCUUCUUGACUACUCACGCCCAGUCAGUGAGAGCUAUUCUCUGCUCUGGCAUAACCCCUGUUCCUGCCGAUAUCCUUCGAUGCCUUCCCUCUCUCGGUUGUAUUGUCACCACCAGCGCCGGUCUCAACCACAUCGAUUUGGCCGAGUGUUGGAGGAGGGGAAUUUCUAUAGCCAAUGCUGGAGACUGUUUCUCCGAAGACGCUGCUGAUUACGCUAUUGGACUAUUGCUUGAUGUCCUCAGACGAAUCUCUGCUGCCGACCGCUAUGUCCGCCGGGGGCUUUGGCCCACCAAGGGGGACUAUCCUCUUGGCUCCAGGUUGGGAGGACAGCGGGUGGGGAUAGUUGGGCUGGGACAUAUAGGCUCUGAAGUUGCGAAAAGGCUUGUUGCCUUUGGCUGCAGUAUCUCUUACAACUCCAGGAAGAAGAAGCCAUAUGUUGCAUUUCCAUACUAUUCGGAUGUCCUUGACCUUGCAGCUAAUACUGAUGUUCUCAUCAUUUGUUGUGCAUUGACAAAAGAAACACACCACAUUAUUAACAGGGAUGUACUGUUGGCAUUGGGAGAGAAAGGAGUCGUUGUUAAUGUGGGACGUGGAUCUCUCAUUGAUGAGAAGGAACUGAUUCAGUGUUUGGUGCAAGGCGAAAUUGGAGGUGCUGGUCUGGAUGUGUUUGAGAAUGAGCCGGAUGUGCCGAAAGAAUUUCGUGACUUGGAUAAUGUUGUAUUAUCUCCACAUAAAGCCGUCUUUACAUCAGAGUCCGAUUCAUCAUUACAUGAUUUGGUGAUAGCCAAUUUGGAAGCAUUCUUCUCUAAUAAACCAUUGCUUUCUGAGGUGAAGGAUGAAUGAGAAGAUCAUCUAUUCUAUCACAGAAAACAACACGAUGUUCUUGAUCACCAUGGGAAACAGAUAGCAAAAAUAAAUGUCUUUGAUUUGCUGCCAUUAUCUAUCAUCUCUCGUUGAGGAUUCAUUCGGUGCAUUCACGACACCCUUUUUGGAGAUGCACAGCAUGAAGUUGCACAAUAACUCCUAUUAUACCAUAAAAUUGUACUCACAAGUUUUUCUUUGUAAUCAUCUUUCUUAUUUCAGAUUUCCUUGGGAAAAUGUACUUUACAUCCCUCCCCCAAGGAACCCUAGCCUUCCUGGUUCUUGCAAUCUUCUAUUUUGAGCCACAUGGAGUGUUGAUCUUAUUGAAUAGAUCUUUCUUGGGUAGUA